AUGGAAAAGUUUACUCUCUCGGGACUCCAACACAAGCGACGUCACUCCUACGUAGCUGCAAUGGGAGAUGACAAUGCGAUCAUUGAAGCGGAGGAAUUAAUGCGCCGACAAAGUUUUGAGUCACGUUCGACCACACACAGGAAAAAAUUAACCGAGACUCUGAGUUAUCAGUCGGUAAAUUCUGAUAAUUCGCGAUGCUCCACUCCAGCCUCCCAAUCUCAAUUGCGAAAAGCUCUUAAUUUGCUGAAGCUCCCUCUUUCGACUUGCGAGCUGUCGUCGCUUUCUGACGACGAAUUAGCAGAAAUUCUCCAAGCGAACCCCGAGCAAACCACCGUCCUUCUUCGGUUUCUCAUUAACAGAAACUCAAAAUCCUGCGAUUGUCUCAACUGCCGGAAAAAUUCGCUGUCAUCCUCAUCAGCGUCUGAUAAGAAUUCUUCUCAGGAAUCAAACCAAAGUUUCCCGGGUCCGCUUUAUCACUAUCAAAAGAAAUCAUCUGAUUCACUGAUGAGCAAAGCCAGCCCGAGCGAUCUCGAGGAUAAGCAUUCCACAAUGACUGUUACUACACUCUUGAGACCCAGCUCCGCGUUGACAAAAAACACCGAGGAAACUUGUCGAUUUACGUCGAUUGACGAUGAUAAAUUCAGGGGAGAAGUUUACAGAGAAAGAUGUAAUUCUUUUAGACGUGGCUCGGAAAUGAGCGUCAAGAGUCUCCGCAGGGACAGCGUCGAACCUAGUGUAUCGAAAAUUAUGAGAAGACGAUUUUCAGAGCAGCUUAUUCUGGAAGGCGGAUUGGCGGAAUGCGAGCCGGAAUUCGAGAAACUUGUCGCGCCGCCCGAAGAUGACGACCCCGAUGAUCCAGACGCGGUCAAUGCGAGGAAGAAAGUCACCCUCCAGAACCAUUACUAUCCCGCGGGGUUCUGGGGUUAUGUGAUAGUCAUUGUUGGCGUAAUUGUCCAGUUGCUUAGUCACGGUCUCCAAACUGCGUUCGGAAUUCUGUUGGCCUUAACUGUCCGUCAAUUCAAUCAGACUGUGAUCAACACAGGUGAGAUUUGA